CAGACAGAAUGGCUCCAGUGAACCAGUCAAAGGACAAGAAGCAUGAGAGGGCACAUGAGCAUUGGCUGGAAGAGGCAAGAUCAGCUGGGAAGAGGAAAGCAGACUACAAGGAGCUAGGGAAUGAACCACUGGCAAAGAAGUUGUUUCUGAGAAAAAUGUCCAAAGCCCCCAAGAAAAUUGGUUGGAGUGGAGGUGGGUCUGUGGUGAGAAACAACCAUCAGCUGGAGAGGCAGUGCAGCAUUGUCCAUUAUGUCUACCAGAACAUGCUGGGAGGCUCCAUUCGAUCACGGCUCAGGCAGAGUCUGCAGCUGCCCUUUCUGCGUUCUCUUGCCUCUUACCGCCUCUUUCGAACAGCAAGUCCCUUUGAUAGGAGAGUGACAUGCCUGGAAUGGCAUCCAACACACCCUAGUACUCUAGCUGUUGGUUCCAAAGGUGGAGACAUCAUCCUUUGGGACUAUGAAGUGCUUACUAAAACCUGCUUCAUAAAAGGGAAAGGGCCAGGAGAUUCUCUCGGAGACAUGAAGUUCAGUCCUUAUGAGGCAGUGAAGCUUUAUGUGGCAUCAGGGGAUGGCACCCUAAGUCUGCAGGACGUGGAGGGCAGAGCGGUGCAAGUCAUCUCCCGUGCCCCAGACUGCGGCCAUGAGUACCAUAAUGUUUGUUGCUGGUACUGCAGUGUUGAUGUUUCUGCAAGCUGCCGUGCUGUGGUCACAGGUGACAAUAUAGGCAACGUGGUCCUGCUCAGCACUUCUGGUGAAGAGAUUUGGAAGCUGAAGUUGCACAAGAAGAAAGUGACUCAUGUGGAGUUUAACUCUCGAUGUGAGUGGUUGUUGGCCACAGCAUCUGUGGAUCAGACAGUCAAAAUCUGGGACCUCAGAAACAUCAAAAACAAAACAAAUUUUCUUCAUGUGCUUCCUCAUGACAAACCUGUCAAUGCAGCUUACUUCAGCCCAACAGAUGGUGCCAAGCUCCUGAGCACAGACCAGCGUAGUGAAAUCAGGGUUUACUCAUCCUCAGACUGGUCCAAGCCACAGCAUCUGAUCCCACAUCCACAUCGGCAGUUUCAGCACCUCACACCUAUUAAGGCAACCUGGCACCCCCGCUACGACCUGAUUGUAGCGGGACGCUACCCAGACCCCAAGUUCCCAGGGUACACGGUGAACGAGCUGCGAACUAUUGAUGUAUUCGAUGGCAACACCGGGGAGAUGGUUUGUCAACUCCAUGAUCCAAAUGCUUCUGGUAUCAUCUCGCUCAAUAAAUUUAACCCCAUGGGAGACACGCUGGCUUCUGGCAUGGGCUUUAAUAUUCUGAUCUGGAGCCGGGAGGAGAUGGUGGCCAAGAAGCAAGAACAUCUUUUAAAAGCCAUGGCAGUACAGGGGCUUGGAAGCUGGAGUUUGUCCAGACGUGGAGGGCAGAGGCCAGCAAACCCUGGGACAAGUAAACUCAAAGCUAAAUUACUGUCUCGAGCUAAAUUACUGUCUUGGGAGCUGAAGGAGAUAGGAACAAAAAGCAAUGAUUCUAAAUCACAGGGAAGGAAGCAAAAAGGGGGGAAUCUAGAGAAUGGAUUUAGUAUUUUGGUCCUUUCUGGAUCACAGGGUAAAAAUUCAGUUGGCAAUGGGCAGUAUAAGCUGUGCAGGGCGUUAGCCUUCUACUUUGUCCUUUCUCCCUGGACCUGAUCUUGCUUUCCUGAUUCCCCUUGCUUCCCCUUCUAGAAAUUUGUGUCAGUACUCGGUUCCUCCUCCAAGUGGAGUUACCACACAUUUUCUGAGGCACUAGAAAAACUUCAAAGAUAUUCUCAGAUCCUGCUGA